CCGCCAAGUUAAUAAACACAGAAAAAAAAACCCCACAAUUGAACAACAAUUGGGAGACAGCCAAAACGGCAUUUCAUGGUGAUAAGGAUGGUAGACAAUAUUUUCAGGAAAGAAUUGUCUAGAUAUUUGUUCAUUUAAAGCUUAUCCAAAAUUGAAUUAUUAAGCAUUAUUUCGUUACAAUUUAUGCGUAAUUUGAUCAGUUAGUGCGGUGUACUGUGACUAUAAAUUUGGUAGCUAGUCACCUCACUUCAAAUCACAUUGAUCUCUUUUUUCUUGCUCUAACAUCUAAUUCUCUCUCUCUAUCUCCCUCUUCUUCAUCUUGCCAUGGAUCCAUCUAAGUACCGCCCGUCAAGUGCUUAUAACUCCCCGUACUUAACCAACAAUAAUGGUACACCUAUUUGGAACGAUACUUCUGCCUUAACUGUUGGCCCUAGAGGUCCAAUUCUGCUGGAGGACUAUCACCUGAUUGAAAAGAUAGCAACCUGGACACAUGAGCGGAUACCUGAACGUGUUGUACAUGCUAGGGGAGCAAGUGCCAAGGGUUUUUUUGAAGUUACUCAUGAUAUCACUAACCUCACUUGUGCUGAUUUCCUGCGCGCCCCUGGCGUCCAGACGCCUUGUAUUGUCCGAUUUUCCACUGUUAUUCACGAACGUGGUAGUCCUGAAACACUCAGGGAUCCUCGUGGUUUCGCCAUCAAGUUCUACACUAGAGAGGGUAACUUUGAUAUUGUGGGGAACAACUUCCCAGUGUUUUUCACCCGUGAUGCAAUGCAGUUCUUCGAUCUGAUCCGAGCAUUUAAGCCUAACCCAAAAUCCCAUAUCCAAGAAAGCUGGAGGUACAUGGAUUUCUGCUCUUACCUCCCAGAGAGUCUAAACACCUUCACUUUCUUCUUCGACGAUGUGGGAAUUCCUAUCAAUUACAGACACAUGAAUGGUUCUGGAGUCCACACCUUCACUCUAAUCAACAAGGCAGGAAAAGUAACAUAUGUCAAGUUCCAUUGGCGUCCAACAGUUGGGGAAAAGAACUUGCUCGAAGAAGAAGCCAUUAAGGUAGGUGGCGCGAACCACAGUCACGCCACACAGGACUUGUAUGAGUCUAUUGCAAAUGGGAAUUUCCCAGAAUGGAAACUCUACAUCCAAACCAUGGACCCUGCUGAUGAAGACAAGUUUGAUUUUGAUCCACUUGAUACCACUAAGACAUGGCCUGAAGAUAUCUUGCCAUUACAGCCUGUAGGACGUCUUGUGUUGAACAAGAAUGUCGAUAAUUUCUUCACUGAAAAUGAACAACUGGCUUUUGAUCCUGCACAUAUUGUUCCUGGGAUUUAUUUCUCCAAUGAUAAGAUGCUUCAAGCUCGUACUUUUGCAUAUGCUGAUACACAUAGAUACCGUUUGGGUGUCAACUAUUUGCAACUUCCUGUUAAUGCUCCUAAGUGUCCUCAUACCAAUAUGCACCGCGAUGGUGCUAUGACCAUGAUACACAGGGAUGAAGAGAUUGAUUACUUCCCAUCAAGAUUUGAUCCUCUUAGGGAAGCUGAGAGACAUCCAAUUCCAACAGCCAUCAUACAUGGAAGACGUGAAAAGCAAAUCAUUCCAAAGGAGAACAACUUCAAGGAGCCAGGAGAGAGAUACAGAUCAUGGGACCCAGCAAGGCAAGAGAGAUUCAUUGGGAGAUUUGUUCAAGCUCUAUCCGAUCCACGACUCACUUAUGAGAUCCGCAGCAUUUGGGUGUCAUACUUGUCUCAGGCGGACAAAUCUCUGGGUAUGAAAGUAGCAAGUAGGCUCAACGUGAGACCAACCAUGUAAAAUCGAUCCAUACACACAUCUGGAUGUUUACAAUGAGGAUCAUCGUGAACAAUUGAGUAUACGUAUGACAUACCAGUCAAUUUGUGAAUUCCUCUAUUAUCUACACGAGCUUUCUCCUUUCACCUUUACAGAAGCAUAUUAGGAAGUAUUAUGGACCAAAUAAAGAUCUACCGUCUAUUUUACCUUGCAUUUGGUUUAAUUUCUCCCAUCUUGUAAGAGAUCUUAAAUGUGUUUGUGAACGAGUCUAAUUAAUAAUUGUAAUCAUGCUUGUGCAAGUUUCCUGUAAGUUGAUCUUUGAAUAUGGCUUAGUAAUUGUAUCAAUGGAUGAAAAUCAUAAUUUUAGUUAUACUCUAUAUGUA